UAGUUGAGCUCAUUUAGUUUUUAGUCCCUAUAAACUUUAUCGUGCUUACUUUUCCCCCAAUACAAAGUACAGGCAAGCACUUCUGGUAUUGACUUCUACUCGUCCAAGGGAAAAGCAGUAGACUUGACAGUACAAAUAAUAUGAAAAAAAUUGUAAUAAAUUAAAGAGUGACGGAUUCUAAAGAAUAAUAACAGAGUUGGAAUGUAAGUGGUGUGUUUAUCCUUGUUGACUUUAACUUCUACUGCUUUUACUUUUUUAACCCACAUGGUUUUACUGACCCUUUAUAUAUAUUGAGCUUCUAUUCUGUUUCGAAGUAUCUUCCGCCGCAGUCCACACCAAUCUUCUGCUGCCUUGAAGUGCUGAAAAACUUGUAGGAUAUGAGUCGAAGAGUAAGGCAGAAACGUGAACAUAGUAGGGGAGAAAAGACAAACGUUAGUUCAGAGACCCUUGAUUGUGGAAGUUUGACUUCAGCUACUAUUUCUGGAGUUGAUUGGACAACCUUGCCUGAUGAUACAGUUAUUCAACUGUUCUCUUAUUUAAACUACUGAGACCGAGCUAGCUUGGCAUCAACUUGCCAAACAUUUAGGCUCUUAAGUUCUUCGCCCUGUUUAUGGGGGUCACUGGACCUCCGUUCUCACAGAUUUGACACUGAAGCUGCAGUCUCACUCUCCCCACGAUGCAAAAAUCUCCAGAGACUUAAAUUUCAUGCAGCAGGCUCAGCAGAUGCAUUAGUUAGUCUUCAAGCAAGGGAACUUCGAGAAAUUAGUGGUGAUUUCUGUCGGGACAUUACUGAUGCUGCACUUUCAGUGAUAGCAGCAAGACAUGAGAUGCUUGAGAGUGUCCAUUUUGGCCCAGAUGCUUGUGAGAGAAUAAGCAGUGAUGCAAUCAAAGCACUUGCAUAUUGCUGCCCAAGGUUGCGGAGGCUCUGGAUGUCAGGUGUUAAGGAAGUUAAUGGAGAUGCUAUAAAUGCUUUGGUUGAACAUUGUAGGAAGUUAAAGGAUGUUGGGUUCAUCGAAUCAGACAACAUUGAUGAAGUUGCUCUUGGAAACUUGAAUUCUGUUAAAUUUUUAUCAGUUGCGGGGACUAGAAACUUGAAAUGGGGAUCUGCGGCACAAGUUUUGAGUAGAUUGCCUUGCUUGGUGUGUUUAGACAUUUCUAGAACUGAUGUAAAUCUGAGUGCUAUUACAAGGUUUUUGUCAUCAUCCCAAAAUUUGAAAGUAGUGUGUGCCUUGAAUUGCCCAGUUUUUGAGCGUGAAGUUGACAGUAACCCUAUGCAAAGUCACAAAGGCAAAGUACUGCUUACUUUUCUGAAUGACAUUUUCAAGGGAGUGACAUCAUUAUUUGCUGACAAUUCCAAAAAUGUUACUGAUGUUUUACAGUAUUGGAGGAGAACAAAGAAUAGAGAUAAAAACUUGGAUGAGAUUGUUGUUUGGAUUGAAUGGAUCUUUUCAUAUUCACUUUUGCGUAUUGCUGAAAAUAAUCUGAAGGAGUUGGACGAUUUCUGGCUCACACAAGGGGCAGCAGUAUUACUCAGUUUAUUGCGAAGUUCACAGGAGGAAGUUCAAGAAAGAGCAGCUACUGCUAUUGCAACUUUUGUAGUCAUUGAUGAUGAAAAUGCUACUGUUGAUUGCCAGAGAGCUGAGGCAAUUUUACGGGGAGAUGGAAUACGGUUGCUAUUGGACCUUGCAAGAUCUUGUCAAGAGGGGCUUCAGUCUGAAGCAGCUAAAGCUAUAGCAAACUUGUACAUUGAUUCAAAAGUUGCAAAAGCUGUUGCUGAAAGUGGAGGAAUCAAUAUUCUUGCCAAUUUAGCAAAAUCAAUAAACAGACUGGUAGCUGAAGAGGCUGCUGGGGGGCUUUGGAAUCUUUCUGUUGGGGAUGAUCAUAAGGGUGCCAUUGCAGAGGCCGGUGGUAUAAAAGCUUUAGUUGACCUUAUAUUCAAAUGGUCUUCAAACACUGAUGGACUUCUUGAACAUGCAACUGGAGCACUGGCAAAUUUGGGAGCUGAUGAGAAAUGCAGCAUGGAGGUGGCUGUGGCUGUGGCUGGUGGAAUCCAUGCUUUAGCUAUGCUGCUCGCACUUGCAAAUUUGAAGGAGUGCAAGAGCAGGCUGCUCGUGCCUUGGCUAAUUUGGCUGCUCAUGGGGAUAGCAAUAGCAAUAAUGCUGCUAUUGGACAAGAGGCAGGUGCAUUGGAAGCAUUGGUGCAACUUACUUAUUCUCAAAAUGAAGCUGCAGGAAGCGGCUGGUGCUUUGUGGAAUUUAUCAUUUGAUGACAAAAAUCGUGAAGCAAUUGCUGCAGCUGGUGGUGUUGAGGCACUGGUUGCCCUAGCUCAAUCUAGCUCAAGUGCCUCCCGAGGUCUUCAAGAAAGAGCUGCAGGUGCCCUUUGGGGAUUGCCAGUAUCAGAGAGUAAUAGCAUUGCUAUUGGAAGACAAGGCGGUAUAGCCCCCCUUAUUGCCUUAGCAUGCUCAAAUAUUGAAGUAAGUUUUUCACUCCUUGCUUGCAGAUUAGUCGUUUCUUUCAAAUUUAGUUUAAGAUGUUUUUCUUUACAUUCAUUGUGAUUGUAAUCUUGUUAUAUCCUCUAUCUAAUGUUGUUGUUAGUGCAAUUGCAUUGGUUGUGAUUUCUUUGACUUUUUUUUUUUUUUGAAAACAAUUUAGAGAAUAAAAUGACUUAAAGUUGAUGUGAA